GUGUUGUGCGUAGUGCACAGGAUAUUGGCGUGUUCGCCUCACCAUCACUGGAUCGGCUCACCAUUCGCCAUUCUGCGCACAUGCUAAAGCAUGUUUUGCCAUUCGGGUGCUAGCUACGGAACCGUCAACAUCGAUUCCUAGCAUAUUCGGAUUUCAUGCCCUUUUUCUGGCUAGAUUUUGUGAUUGCCCUUUGAUUUCUAUCGAAAUAAAGGUUAUUUCUCGAGGAGAUGUUGUUUCCGUUGUCGUUUCUCUGUACAGCGUAGACGCUUCUCCGAGAUGGUGGAGAUGCCUUAAGAUCCUCGUCAUUCCCUUAGUCUUUUGCACUCGAUAACGGCGUUCACUCAAACACGCCGCGACCCGGAAGUUUCCUCUCUUCGGACGGAGACCUCGGCCUACCAGUGAUAGCCAGCAACGAACAGCAGAAGUAGGAAAACCUCCCACAGAACUGAAGCACGGAGCGUCGCUGGUUCGGAAGGCACGCGGCCGCCAGCAAGGAGAAGAACCCAGGAACAUUACGAUAUUAGAUGGACGAAUUACCGUAUGCAUAUGGGCCAAUGCGCUCCUGCAGACGAUGCCAGCACAACACUAAUAAUCGGAAGUGUGUGGAAUGGGAUGGGGAUUAAAAAAGUAUAUUCUGGUUAUCCUCUCCGCGUUAAUGGGCAACUGCCACGCUCACCAUUACGCCCGGACAUAUCGUCAGGCCGAGCAGAACCGCCGAUUAAAAAGUUACGUUAAUCGUAUGGGAGAGCCUCUUAGUGAGGAACAACAGGCGAAGGUCCUUAACGAUCUUUUGCACGUAAUGCAAGUCGAUGGACUUCGUACCGAAGCUAUCCAUAAUGCACAUUAUGACGGGAUAUACGAUCUCGUCAAAAGAUUUGCGGAGCGUCAGGGGAAGCGCAAAGUCGCUCCGAAUUCACCCGAUACUCCAAUAGCGAGUCAAACAUUACAGCCAGAUCCAAAGAAAAUAGUAAUGUCAAUGGACACAACAGAAACUGAGGAAAUGCCGGAUACAGCUAAUGCUGCAACUGUAAUCGCAGCUAACACUGCAACUGCAGCGCCAACUGCGAAUACUGAAUCUGCAGUGAUCACUGCGCCGUCUAGCGGAAUUCCGCAAACAGAAGUUGUGGCGUCAGUGGAAGCACUGACGAUCGCGGAAACUCUGCCGAUAUUAGAGCAGCAACCCGCCGCAGAGGCGGACGAUGAGAUGACGGGAUCGGAACCGUCAAUUAGGAACAACUUCCUCUAUCCGACGAGACAAGCCCUUCGAGACCGGCAAAUGGAGCUGGAAGCGAUGGGACAGAGUGAAACCUUCACCGAAGUGGAUCAUUUGAUCUUCGCGGUGCAUAUUCCCGAUAACGACACCGAUCCACUCUACUAUCCGGGUGGGAACGAUGAAGUGGACUUGUUAGAGGAUAGCACCGAAGUUAAGGCUACGUCUGCCGUAUUGAGCGACGCUCUUAAUGCAUUAAACGGAGAAUUGCAGUGCAUUAAUUGUAGGAAAACGGAUAAAUAAAAUCGCCGUAGAUGCACUAUGUUGCACAUAUGUCGUGGAUCGACGCUACAAAGCGUAUAAUUGGAGGAAAAACUCCGGAAUGGAACCUGCAAAAUUAACACGGAUUAACGUGCUUGAUUUUGGAACUAAUCGGAAUGGGAAUUUAACGGAUUCUGUUACGAGUAUAAACUCGUUUGAUUAAAAUUUACGCCGCAUUUUGCCGCGUCUUGUUCUCACUAACUGUGAUGAAAUAAUUGGCACAUUUUUUUAAUAAGAGUUCCUCAUUAUGUUGCAUAUAAGAUGCGUUUUUUCAUUCCUGUUUUGAGCCUCAAGGGGCUUCGGCGUCCCGUCCCGUGGCAUGUCAGAGUGUUGUGCGUAGUGCACAGGAUAUUGGCGUGUUCGCCUCACCAUCACUGGAUCGGCUCACCAUUCGCCAUUCUGCGCACAUGCUAAAGCAUGUUUUGCCAUUCGGGUGCUAGCUACGGAACCGUCAACAUCGAUUCCUAGCAUAUUCGGAUUUCAUGCCCUUUUUCUGGCUAGAUUUUGUGAUUGCCCUUUGAUUUCUAUCGAAAUAAAGGUUAUUUCUCGAGGAGAUGUUGUUUCCGUUGUCGUUUCUCUGUACAGCGUAGACGCUUCUCCGAGACAAAUAUGAUUAAAUUACAACAUUAGCGAAAUACUUCCCAGUCCCAGUGACUUCCCACUGACCAUUCUAACUUCUC